AUGGACGUGGGUAGCAAAGAGGUCCUGAUGGAGAGCCCACCGGAUUACUCAGCAGGUCCCAGGAGCCAGUUCCGCAUUCCCUGCUGCCCCGUGCAUCUCAAACGCCUCCUCAUCGUGGUUGUGGUGGUGGUCCUUGUUGUCGUGGUGAUUGUAGGGGCCCUGCUCAUGGGCCUUCACAUGAGUCAGAAACAUACUGAGAUGGUCCUUGAGAUGAGCAUCGGAGCACCGGAAACUCAGAAACGCCUAGCCCCGAGUGAGCACGCAGACACCACCGCUACCUUCUCCAUUGGCGCCACUGGCAUCGUUGUGUAUGACUACCAGCGGCUCCUGACUGCCUAUAGACCAGCUCCAGGAACCUACUGCUACAUCAUGAAGAUGGCUCCAGAGAACAUCCCUAGUCUUGAGGCUUUCGCUAGAAAAUUCCAGAACUUCCAGACUGAAAGUGGGUGCUCUUUCCAGGCCAAGCCCUCUGCACCCACCUCUAAGCUGGGCCAGGAGGAAGGGCGUAAUGCUGGUUCCGAGUCUGAUUCUUCAGGGAGAGACCUGGCUUUCCUAGGCCUUGCUGUGAGCACCUUGUGUGGAGAGCUACCACUGUACUAUAUCUAG